AUGGACAGCAGCAGCGAGCCGCUGGGUGGCGGCGAGGACGAGGCGGCAUGCACGUCGGCCUCGGAGGGUCUAGAGGAGGGCGAGGUGGAGGGGGAGACGCUGCUGAUCGUGGAGUCGGAAGACCAGGGCUCCGUGGAUCUGUCACAUGACCAGAGCGGAGACUCUCUGACCAGCGACGUGGGCGAGGAGGCAGACGGAGGCUGGGCCUGCGAGGACAUGUCCUUCUACUGCGAUCGCUGCCACAAGUGGGUCCCUGCAGCUCAGCUCCGAGGUGAGCAGCCCAGCUACCUGAAGGGAGACAACUUCUUUAAAUUCAUCUGCUGCGACUGCUCCGAGGAUGGAAAGGAAAGCUUCGAGAGGAUGAGACUCACCUGGCAGCAGGUGGUGAUGCUGGCCAUGUACAACCUUUCUCUGGAGGGGACCGGUCGCCAGGGUUACUUCAGGUGGAAGGAGGACAUCUGUGCUUUCAUUGGCCGACACUGGAACUUCCUGCUGGGAACAAGGAAGAAGACGUCGACAUGGUGGAGCACGGUGGCCGGCUGCCUCUCGGUUGGCAGUCCCACCUUCUUCCGGUCUGGAGCACAGGAGUUCGGCGAGCCUGGAUGGUGGAAGCUGGUUCAGAACAGACCUCCGACUCUGCGGCUGGAGGUGGACAAAUCCACCACCAAGGCUAAAGCUGCGAAACCUGUGAUGGACCCGAUCAUCACCGUGGAGGGCCUGAGGAAGCGCGGCGCCAGGAACCCUGUGGAGAACGCCAUCCAGCUGAAGGAGAAGCGCUGUCGCACGCAAGAGGCCAAAGACAUCCGGCGGGCUCAGAAGGAGGCGGUUGGCGGCUACACCGACCGCAGCGCCUCUUCCACGCCCGUCAAACUGGGCGGCGGCCGUGGAGGGAGUGCCGGGCGCCGGCCUGAUCUCAUCCUGGAGAAAGGUGAGGUCAUUGAUUUCUCCUCGCUCAGCUCAUCAGACCGAACGCCGCUCACCAGCCCAUCACCGUCACCUUCGCCUGACUUCUCCGCCCCGGGCACACCGGCGUCUCAUUCAGCAACACCCAGCCUUCUAUCAGAGGCUGACCUCAUCCCGGACGCCAUGCCGCCGCAGGCUCUGUUCCAUGACGAUGAGGAGAUGGAGACGGAGGGAAUGAUCGACCCCGGAAUGGAGUACAUCCCUCCUCCCCGAGCCAGCCUCGUCGCCCGCAAGAAGCUCCGGCCAGCGCCGCCGCACAUCAAAUGUGAAGCGGAGAGUGAGGACGAUGACGGCCGCGAGCGUGAUGAGGACUUUGAAGAGCCUGUAGGACACGGCGAAGGUCCGUCUCUCUCCACCAGGGGCUGCGUUGGCGCUGGAGGGCCGGAGCGGAGGAGGAUAACUCAUUCUGAGAAAGCAGACGGAGCAAGCGGCGUCUCCCAGACUCCUCGCUUCGCCCCACUCAGCCUCUAUGAGGAGAGGAUGCUGCUGCGGCGCCUGGACGCCUGCCCGCUGGCCUUGGCCGUCACCCCGCAGGCCAAGCGCCUCCACAGGAAGCUGCUGGUCCGCCAGGCCAAGAGGCAGAGAGGGCUCCCCCUGCUGGACAUAGACCGAGCCGUGAGCGCCACCCUCACCCUGGUGGGAGGGAUCUACGGCGCCCAGGGUGUGGGCACACUCAUGAGAGGUGGACUCUUGGGGAAAUACUGCACCAACAGCCAGGAGCUGCGUAUCCUCGAUCGCUUCCAGACCAACAUUUCUACCAGAAAGGGGAUCCAGCAGGCCUCGGUGUCCUUCUGGCAUCGUCUGAUGGGAGCAGAGGGCAGUUUGGAUAGGAGCAUCAAGAGUCCAUACACGUCCCGCAUCCUGAAACCGUACAUCAGGAGGGAUUAUGAGAGUCGUCCGGUGAAACUGAGGCUGUUGGCAGAGAUUCGGGCUUACCCUCACAGGAAGGAGCCUAACUGGGUCCCAGAACCCAACGCCCCCAUAGACUACUGCUACGUCUGCCCGAACCACAUCCCCUCUGUCAACGCCAUGUGUCACGACAGCUUCUGGCCAGGUGUGGACCUGUCCGAGUGCCUGCAGUACCCGGACUUCAGCGUGGUCGUCCUCUAUAAGAAAGUUGUGAUCGGCUUCGGUUUCAUGGUGCCUGAUGUGAAGUACAACGAGGCCUACAUCUCCUUCCUGCUGGUGCAUCCUGAGUGGAGGAGAGCCGGCAUCGGCACCUUCAUGAUCUACCAUCUUAUCCAGACGUGUAUGGGGAAGGACGUGACGCUGCACGUGUCGGCCAGUAAUCCCGCCAUGCUGCUGUAUCAGAAGUUUGGUUUUAAAGCGGAGGAGUACAUCCUGGACUUCUAUGAUAAAUAUUAUCCGGUGGACAGCACCGAGUGCCGCCACGCCUUCUUCCUCCGGCUGAGACGCUGAGACUCGAGUCCAGCACCAGGGACCCUUCAGACCACCUGGACCUCGACAGCACGGACACAAUCAAACUGAAGUGUUUUUGGUUUCAUGGAAAAAUAGGAACAUUUUGUGACUUUUAGUGCUUUUGGAAAACCAUUUCCAACCAUGAAACUGUCAGUCAGCGUUUGGUCAGCGUUUGGUUUCACUUUUCUGUUUCUUUGUCUAUGUUUGUUUUUGUGGUUCAGUUUAUCCAGUAAUUGUGUUUUUGUUCUGAAUGUCUAUGAGCCAUUAAAACCAGUGUUUAAUAAUGA